GGGAGUCGCAAAGGAUAAACCUAUUAAUUGGAUCCGUCAUAGCUCAGUCACAGUUUCAGAUUCCACCACCAAACGUCACCGUUUUACAUAUAUACGUAUAUAGUUAUAUGCAUAUCUAGUGUGUGUAUGUAUGUAUGUGUGUGUAAUUGUUGAGAGAUGGAGGUUCAAGUAAGAGCAGUAGCAGGAAUCGAGAGCUGUUUCGUCUCUCUCCCACUCUUCUUAAUCCAAACCCUUGAGUCAACUCGCUCUGACUCGCUCCCUCUCCCGCCUCUACUCGCGCUCGAGCUUCGCGGCGGCGAUCGCCUCUGGCACGUCUCCUGGUCCGGCUCCGCCUCCGCUUCUUCCGAUAUUGAGAUUGCUCAACAAUAUGCACACUGCAUUGGCUUGCCAAAUCAGACAACGGUUCAAGUACGAGCUGUGCCUAACCUGCCAAAAGCCACUCUUGUGACAAUUGAGCCUCAUACUGAGGAUGAUUGGGAAGUUUUGGAGCUUAAUGCAGAGGUUGCAGAGGCAUCUAUUCUGAGCCAGGUUGGACUUGUACAUGAAGGAAUGCGAUUUCCACUAUGGUUGCAUGGUCGGACAAUUAUAACAUUCCUUGUUGUCUCAACCUUUCCCAAGAAUCAUAUAGUGCAACUAAAGCCGGGAAGUGAAGUUGCAGUUGCUCCAAAGAGAAGGAAAACUAAUGUUGAUUCUUCUGAAAGUUCGUUUAUUUCGUCUUCUGUCCCAAAGGCACUUCUGCGCAUCCAAGAUCCAGAUAGUAGAUUUACUUGCAACCUUGAGGCCAAUGGUGUUAAAAUGGGUGUUGUGAUCACAUCUGCUGUCUUUAUUCAUCCAGAAACAGCUAAACAUUUUGGAUUUAAUAUGCUUCAAUACAUGGUUAUUGAGCCUAGAUUGGCCCCAAAGGACAGCAAAGCAAAUCAUCAAACAGAGAAACAAAAAACAAGGAGCUCAACGACAAAGGAAAUUAAUGAUGGAAUUCUACUUGAUAAGCUGGACCAUCGCCAGGCUCUUGUUCGCCUUUUAUUUUCCGAGUCGGUAGCUAAAGGGCAUAUAAUGCUUUCUCAGUCGCUUUGUCUAUAUUUAAGAGCAAGUCGACGCUCGUGGAUUUAUAUAAAGCAACACGAUGUUAGUCCUAGCAAAGAAAUUCCUUCACUUUCUCUUUCACCUUGUCAAUUCAAGACUUCGAAAAAGGAUGUAUUUAGCAAUAAUAGUUCAGAAGUUCUAGGUACCCAAAAGAAUCGCCAAGUGAAAGCUGACAGGAUCUACUCUGAUACAGAAAUGGGUGUAAUUAAUUGGUCUGUGCAUGAGAAAGUUCUCCCAGCUAUAUUUAAUGAAUCCCUUGAUGAUGAUGAUGAUGUUACAGGACCCAAAACUAGCAAAGGGCUGUCAAGCCUUUUGCGUUCUUGGUGUUCUGCGCAGCUUCAAGCUGUUCUUUCCAGUAGUGGAGUGGAAGUGGAUGUUGACUCGCUGAUCUUUGGACAUAAAACACUGCUUCACUUUAAACUGGAGGAUCAUCAGUAUGAAAAGAUUGGAAGGCUGGAAAAAUCAUCCAAUGGUUCUUUGGGAAGCAGAAACAGAACUGGGGAGUUGUCUGUUGACAUUUUGUAUAUUCUAUCUAUUUCCAAGGAAACUAAUAGUGGAGAAAACAUUGCAACUUAUAAGCUUUCACUUACCAAGACUAAUGGUGAGCAAAACAACCAAAGAAGCUUUAAACUGCCUGUAGAUGAAGUGCAGUUGGACAAAGGUGUCUAUUUUGAUUCUGUCAAGGAACGGAACUAUGAUAAAUACCUGCACUCAACGGUUUCUUCCUUGGGCUGGAUGGGCACUGCUGCUUCUGAUAUAACCAAUAGGUUGACAGCAUUGUUAUCUCCUGUUUCUGCAAAGUUGUUCAGUUCUUAUAGUCUUCCUUUUCCUGGACAUGUUUUAAUAUAUGGUCCCCCGGGUUCGGGGAAAACUUUAUUAGCCUCAGCCGUUUCAAAAUCCGUAGCAGAACAUGAUGACAUCUUCGCACACAUCGUGUUCGUAAGUUGUUCUGGUCUUGCCUCAGAAAAGUCUCCAACUAUCCAUCAAGCAAUUUCUGGCUACAUAACUGAAGCACUAGAUCAUGCACCAUCGGUUAUCAUUUUUGAUGAUUUAGAUAGUAUUUUAGCAACUUCUUCAGAUUCGGAAGGAUCCCAACCUUCAUUGUCUCUUAUGGCUCUUACUGAAUUUCUCACAGAUAUUAUGGAUGAAUAUGAGGAAAAGCGAAGGAGCUCCUGUGGAGUCGGACCUGUUGCAUUUAUAGCUUCUGCACAGUCCCUUAAUAAUAUACCACAAGCUUUGAGCUCUUCUGGAAGGUUUGAUUUUCAUGUACAACUACCUGCUCCCGGGGCUGUAGAACGUGGUGCUUUAUUAAAACAUGAAAUUCAAAAGCGUUCAUUGCAAUGUUCUGAUGACAUCCUGAUAGAUAUAGCUUCAAAAUGUGAUGGUUACGAUGCGUAUGAUUUGGAAAUUUUGGUUGAUAGGGCUGUUCAUGCUGCCAUUUGCCGAUUUGUGUCGUGGGAUUUGGAUUGUGGGGAACAAAAAAGACCUACUUUAGCUAAAGAUGACUUUUUGCAAGCAAUGCACGAGUUUCUUCCUGUAGCCAUGCGUGAUGUUACAAAGAUUGCUUCAGAAGGAAGUCACCGUGGUUGGGAGGAUGUUGGCGGCCUUAUUGAAAUCCGAAAUGCUAUCAAAGAAAUGAUUGAGAUGCCAUCAAGAUUUCCAAAUGUGUUUUCACAUGCCCCUUUGAGAAUGCGGUCAAAUCUACUAUUAUAUGGCCCUCCGGGUUGUGGCAAAACACAUAUUGUCGGUGCUGCUGCUGCUGCAUGCUCACUUCGAUUUAUCUCUGUUAAAGGUCCUGAGCUUCUGAAUAAAUACAUAGGCGCAUCCGAGCAAGCUGUUCGCGAUAUAUUCACAAAAGCUUCUGCUGCUGCUCCAUGCCUGCUCUUUUUCGAUGAAUUUGAUUCCAUUGCGCCGAAGAGAGGGCAUGAUAAUACUGGAGUUACUGAUAGAGUUGUUAAUCAAUUUUUAACCGAGUUGGAUGGUGUUGAAGUCUUGACAGGAGUGUUUGUUUUUGCUGCCACCAGUAGACCAGAUUUACUGGAUGCAGCAUUGUUACGACCUGGUAGGCUAGACCGGCUUCUGUUUUGUGACUUCCCUUCGCAACAUGAGAGGUUGGACAUCCUCACAGUACUUUCUAAACAGUUACCAAUGACAGCAGAUGUUGACUUUGAUGCCCUUGCACGUAUGACUGAAGGAUUCAGUGGAGCCGAUCUCCAAGCUCUACUCUCAGAUGCGCAACUUGCAGCAGUCCAUGAAGUUCUAAAUUGUGAAGACAACAGCAAACCUGCAAAAGUUCCAGUCAUUACUGAUGCUCUUUUAAAAUCUGUCGCUUCUAAAGCAAGACCCUCGGUUUCAGAAGCCGAGAAGAGACGAUUGUACUCUAUAUAUAGCCAGUUUAUGGAUUCAAAAAGAUCUGCUGCUGCACAGUCCAAAGAUGUGAAGGGCAAAAGGGCAACUCUGGCAUGAGGAACAAGAAGCACCCAGUACAAAGAUUAGAAUAGGCGAACGGAAAAUGGUGUGCGAAUGUCAAGAGCUGUCAUUGCAUGUCCAUUCAAAGGAUUGUAUAUUGAUGUUCUGUAUUAAUGUGUACUAUAUAGUUUUGUGCACAUUUUAUUAUUGGUCGGUUCUGCAUGAAAUGGAAAGGGUUGUACUUGUACAUCAAAGUAGUGGUUAGAUCAUCUCAUAUAAUAAUUUCUGGAAGUCUUGUAAUUCACAAGCUACAAGUGAAUAAGUGCUUUGCUCUUUGUUUCUUCA